CCAUAGCGUUUUGAUGCUCACCAGUGCGCCACGCGGGUGCGCUGUAGCGCGUGUCUGAGCUGACGCCAGUCCUCCGGGAUCCCGUCAUCAUGAAGACUGAAGCGCUGUAGAGCAGAGCAGCUCAGUGCACAUGCUUUCCCUCAGUUACUAUUUCACUCACACUUAGCCAAGAUGGCGGAUUCCGACUCUUGGGACGCUGACAACUUCGAGCUGAGUGAGCCGAUCAGAAGUACCGCCGUGCGGCUGGAUAGGUGGGAAGGCGAGGACGAGGAGGACGACGUGAAGGAUAACUGGGAUGAUGAGGUGGAGACAGAGGAAGAGCAGAAAAAAGAAGAAGUGAAAGCCCCUGAGAAGAAAAAAGCAAGUCCUAAAAUAAAAGAGAAAGAAUUAACACAAAAUAAAAAACAAGAAGAGUUAAAAAAUAAGAAAACACAAAUAAGUGAGAAACUAUCACCAGAAGAGCAGCAAGCAGAGAAGCUUCGACAGCAGAAGCUGCAGGAGGAGGCAGACCUGGAAUUGGCCCGAGAGGCUUUUGGUGUUGAUCCUGCUGCUGCAAAUGCAUCUACUACUGGUAUUACCACAAACAAUGCCUUUGGAAUUGAAGCCAUGUGCCCCUCAUCCAAAGAAGAUUUUGUUGCAUUUGAAAAAUUACUCAAAGAUAAGAUAACACAGUUUGAAAAAUCAGUUCAUUAUUCCAGCUUUUUGGAGUCACUGUUUCGAGAGCUUUGUAUUUCAUUGGAAGUAGAUGACCUGAAGAAAAUAAGUAAUUCUUUGUCUGUUCUUCUCAGUGAAAAACAAAGGCAAGAAAAGGAAAAGAAGGCAAAUAAGAAAAAGAAGAAAGGUGUGCUCCCUGGUGGUGGAUUUAAAGCAAACAUGAGAGACGACUUUGCUGAUUAUGGUGACUUUGAUGGUGGCUACGGCAAUGACUAUGAUGACUUCAUGUGACAAAGGUUGAUCGUCCCCCUUCCUAUUCCCUCAGUGCCCAAACACCCCUGCAAACAUGCAGCAGGACCCUUUCAUGCUACACAGUGCCAUCUUGGGGUAAACUGAACAAUGUGUCAACCCUUUACUUGGUUUCAGUGGUGACAGACUCCUCAUAAAGCUGCUAUCACGCCAUUGGCCCCAGGCAACUUAUGGGCAAAGCAAAUUUAUUCAUAUGGCCUUGAAAUAUUUAUGAUCAUGUGGUGUAGUGUAGUGUGGUGUGGGACAUCUUUGGUGUAGGUGUCUCUGAUUGGCCUAAACUAGAAUUUCAUUGCCUUACUGAGUACUUUGUAGAAAAUAUCUUUUGUUUUAUUAAAAGUGACUUGUUUUAAAUGCUGUGCAAUUUCAGGUACACAAGUAAAGGUAAUGCUCUAUGCAAAUUAAUAUCUUGAAAGAAUGUCCUUAUUGAACAUAUGGUUGUACUUUUCUAGCAGAUUUCUCCACAAUUGCAAACAGUAUCACAGUCAUAAACUUCCCAAAUGUAAACCAGUUUGAUUGAACUUAUAAUUUUAAAAGUUGAAAGUUUGUCAGUGCUUUUAAUGUCAAUACUACAUAAUUAACAGAAGGUGGCACACUGAUUAAAAGAAGAGAUGGAAAAUUUGUAGCGAUGGAAUGAUACAUUUUUUUCUUUUCUGAUUCCGAUACCUGAACUAUCAGUAUCAGCCAAUACCGAUCCUGAUCCGAUACCAUUGUUUUUUUUCUUAAUGAGUGUAGAACAUCUAUAAUUUACUAUGUGAAACUGAUUGGGAGUACUCUUUGUGUAAAGAAACAAAAACCUCAAACAAUACAUAAUUUCAUUAUAAAAUAGCAAAACAAAAAACAGUUGCAUAAGAGCAUGUGCAAACUUUGUUUAACUAGUCUGCAGUAGGCAGCAGCAAAAAUAAUAAUUCCAGUGAAAGUCUUCAGUAGAAAAGAAGCAAGUUCUCUUUACACGUUUUAACUAUCUGGACUUGUAAAUGGUUUCAGAUUUCUCUCUCUAUUUAAUGUGUUUUAUUAGUAUAUCAAUCCACUUUUCAGUCACACAGUAAUUUUUGGAACCCAAUUUGUUUUUAUUGUGAUUUCUAAUAAUAAUAAAAAUAUUUUUACUAUA